AUGGAGCGGAUGGAGUCGAUGGAGCCGAUCUCGGCGCACUACACCACGGCUUACCCGGAGAUUCAGCCCGACUACGGAUCCACGGAGACCACCGAGAGCCAAGCGAAGACCUCCUCACCUCCGAUAUAUGACGAGGAGUUGGUGCAUAAGACGAUCCUGGUGGGGGACAGUGGUGUGGGGAAGACGUCUCUGCUGGUGCAGUUUGAUCAGGGCAAGUUCAUCCCUGGUUCCUUCUCUGCUACAGUGGGCAUUGGAUUCACGAACAAAGUUGUACCUGUUGACAACGUGAAGAUCAAACUACAGAUUUGGGACACAGCGGGGCAGGAAAGGUUUAGAAGUGUGACACAUGCGUAUUACAGAGAUGCACAUGCUUUGCUCCUUUUGUAUGACAUCACCAGCAAGUCAUCCUUUGACAACAUUAGGGCAUGGCUAACAGAGAUCCACGAGUAUGCACAGAGUGAUGUAGUCAUCAUGUUGCUGGGCAACAAGGCUGACAUGAGCAGUGGCCGAGCAAUCAGGAGAGAUCAAGGAGAGAGGCUGGCCAGAGAGUAUUCGGUUCCUUUCAUGGAGACGAGCGCCAAAACAGGAGUCAACGUACAGCUGGCCUUCACCGCCGUGGCCAAGGAACUGAAGCACCGAGCUGUCCAGCACCCCAACAAACCCAAGUUCCAGAUUCAUGAAUACAUCGAAGCACAAAGGGAGAAGUCCGGCUGCUGCAGCUACUUCUGA